AUGGGAACUAACAAAAAUGCUCCAUCAAGUGAACGGACUUUCUUUAAUGGAAGUCCAAGCAAUAAAAAGUAUUCGAGUGGAACUCAACAGCGUCCAUCUCCGUCAAAGUCGAUAAAUAUAAAGACUCCAUGCAAAAACCAAUCUUCCAAUGUUGCUGGACUCACAAACAACAAUAAUAGUAGCAAACGUCUCAGUGGAUCGUGCUCACCACCAAACUUUUCGUAUUUUGCUGGAAGUAAAUGUUUCGAGUCGCCUUCGCCUCAGUCAUUGCCGAAGCCUCCUACAUCAUGGUUUGAUGACGAAAGUGGUAUGAAAAACGGAAGCUUCAAGGCAACAGGAAGGCCUCAACGUGCAAGGAAAUCGUUGAAUCUCUCGGCGAUUAAUUCAACCACUUCAUGCGCGACAGAAUAUGCGAGACAACAAAACUCUUCAUUUACGUCCAUCAACAAUAAUGAUCACUACACGCAAAACCUGAAACUUUUAUUGAACGUAAACGCAUAA